CAUUUGGUGGUGGUGCUACUGAUGAUAUUUGAACUAACACUCUUCUUCUGGCUUUUCGCGUAGGAAGAAAUCGCCCAGACAAGGUCGCAAAUCGAAGAGCUCGAAGAACAGAACUCCAAUCUCACAACUGAAUUGGAUUCCAAAUCCUCGGAACUCGCUGAGAUCGCGAAAGAAAACGAAGAAAAGGCCAAAGAGAUAGCCACGCUGCGAGAUCGAACAAACCUGUCCCAGCAAAACUGGUUGAAAGAGAGAGAUGAGCUAAUCGAACAGGAAUCGUAUCUUCAAGCUGAAUUCGAACAAGCCAAGGAGGCCAUGCAUAAUUGGGAAGUUCUUGCCAUGGAGGAACGGUCGAUUAGAGAAAACUUGGGGGAGAAAGUCAUCGACCUCGAAGAACAGCUGGCCAACCUCAAAGACGCCUAUGAGAAGGCCGCAUCCGAGCGUGAUAACCAAUCGUCGACUGUGGAUGGCUUACAACGGGCCUUGCAAGAAAUCCAAACCGCCCGAAAGCAAGAGCUUCGUGAACUCGUCGAGAGCUCUGAUGCUCAGCUGGAAGAACUACGGCAAUCUCUUCGUGAUGCAGACAAUAGAGCAUCUGAAGCCGAAAAGUCUCUCCUAACUGCCCAAGAAGAAUUGGAACGGGUGCGCCCAUUCGAGAAAGAAGUCAAAGAGAAGAACCUUCUCAUUGGCAAGCUCAGACACGAAGCUGUCACUUUGAAUGAUCAUUUGACAAAAGCCUUGCGGUUUCUUAAGAAGGGAAAGCCAGAGGAUAAUGUUGAUAGACAUAUUGUCACCAACCAUUUACUGCACUUUCUUGCGCUAGACAGAUCAGACCCUAAGAAAUUCCAGAUAUUGCAGCUUAUUGCAGCACUCCUGGGUUGGACAGAUGGUAAGCCCAAUAUUAACACCCUUUCCCUCACUUUACUGUUAAUACCGACCGGAAUAGAGCAACGCGAACAAGCAGGCCUUGCGCGCCCAGGAACAUCGAAUACCUCUAGCAAGCUUCGAGUCCCCGGCACUCCCGUUCGUACGCCUAGCACGCCGACGUUGGCCACGGAGUUCAUGGACAACGGCACUAGCCACAAGGAGUCGCUGGCGGAACUCUGGUCCAAUUUUCUCGAGCAAGAAUCGCAAGCCGGGAAUGACAGCGCAGCAAAAAGCGGGAACCAAGGACAGUCAAAAUCUUAGACUAUGUAAAAAGGCAUGCUUUUGUAUCAACUAGCCCUGAGGUUUUCUUUUUCUUUUAUUUUCUGUUUAUGACUUGACGGAAUUCAUCAUCCUUGAUUUGUGUGUUGUAUGAUAGGCUGGUUCUUAUCGAGAUCAUUCGAGCAUUCCAAUUACAGUCACAGGUCCUACGUGGGGAACAUAGUACAG